ACAGCACCAAUGGAGGCACCAAACCCUUGCCGUACGUUAUUGGUACGCGGGCUGCAUUAAGUAAUCCACUGAUUAAACAAUCGUUCCCGCGCACGUUCAUUUCUGCGCACACGGCAUCUGAAUAAGGAAACUGGAAGCUGGACAGUUUGGCGACACCUUCGGCGGCACUGUCCUGUCGUCGAAUACAAGUCCGUUCUUGCACAACAACAAAUUCCAAAUGCACGGAUAUCCGUUGACAGCACUCAGCCGGUCAUGAAUAAACGAUGACGAUUAUUACAGUUUUGUUUUAAGAGGUACAACAACACACCGUUGAAACACGAUCGAGUCGCGGCGCCAUUGGAUCGUGCAAUUUUAUCGACCGAUAACGACUUCAAAUCAAUCUCGCUUUGACAAGGCUUUCCUCAUCCGUUUUUGUUGAAGGAAAUCCUAUUCCAAAUUGCGUUUGCGUCCACUUCCGCACGCCUCAAAGCCGUGUGGAAUCGACCGAAACUUCAAGCGUGGUGGCACCACCGGCUCGAGUGCCGUUUUCACCGUUUGCUACGCGAUCACUACCGAUGGUGCGACCUAGAAAGUGACCAUUAGCUGUCCACCAGCGACACCGUGAUGACCUUCCAGCGAACUCUAAACACUCCCACUACACACGAGCACGCGUGCCCGCAAUGAUGAGAAGAUUUCGCAAUUUUCCAAUCGGCGUGAAAAAGCCACACGUCAUAUAAAACUGAUCGGCCGUUGAUUUUUCCAAUCAAAACCGUGUCGGGUGAGUUAGUGCGAGGAGUGUUUGGCUGCAGUGCGUGAUCCUCUAUCAAUACAUCAUGAAGGUUCUGAUAGCAGCAGUGUCGGUUCUAGCACUUGCCAGUGCUCAGCAGUUGAUUGAUCCGUCGUACUACAACGAGGGUUUGGUGCAGUACAAUGACUGGCAGCCAAUUGUUGGUCCGAAUGUAGUGAAUCCGUACGCCGUUCCGCAGCUUCUACCAGCUCAGCAGUAUCCAUUUGUCCAGCCCGUACCGGCAGCACAGCUUCCACCAGUUCCUGUGCCAUUCCCAGCUCAAUAUCCGCUACCGUAUGCUGGCCAGUAUCCUUUCCAGCUCCCGAUUCAGGUGCCUCAACCGCAGGUGCCUCAAGUGCCUCAACAGCAACAACUGCUGCCAGGGCUGGUUGUACCUCCGUACGCCAACGUACAGCAGGUCGGUGCUCCUCAAGUGCAGGUCGUACGCCACGGACUUCCACACUCGGAUGCGGCAGCCGUUUCCUACUCCUCGCUAAACUACGGUACCAAUAACAAUGCCCAGCCAGCGGCACUCCCAACGCCACCAGCGGUCGUCGCAGCUCCAGCGCCCUCUAGCGGUGUAAACAGCGGAUCGGCUGGCCCAGUAACGUCCGGUGCGAGUGGUGCGACAGUGGUGAAGGACAUUACCACCUUCGGCACGGAGUAUGGUACUGGGGCGGACAAGUCACCCGUCGCGCGGUACGAAGCCAUUAACGCCGGCUCGGUACACGUUGCACCGCUGCCGGGACACACCGUCGACCAGAAGCUGAUCGCACCCGGCACCACCGAACAGAAGCUGUAGAUGGCUUCCAGCCGGUUUUAGCGCCUGUUAAUCAUACCCAUAAAUCGGUUCAUGGUUCCGUUUGCUAGCGAAAUUGAUGUUGCCGUAGUGCUGUAAACAAAUAAAGCUACAUGGUAAUAAAAUUAACAGUAGGAUGAUGAAUUCUUGAUGCAGUGGUGUCUUUGAACGAUCAUCAGGCUUGUGUGACGAA